AUGUCGACCUCUGUCAAGCUACAGUACCUCUCAGGGGAAGUCUUGGCAGUACUGGAGGGGCUGAAAGACGAUGAUACUCUGCAGACGGUGAAGGCUUUGGGUGACACGCACCUGCCACCGGGCGUCUCCAUCGACUCGCUACUCGGCGACGACUCUGCAGUCUGCUCGCUCUCAGCACCGCUCAGCAGCGCGCCCGGCGUAGGUGAGAAGCAGCUGACGGUGGUCACCGGAGAGCAACCACCAGAGAGGUAUGUGACUUUGGACAACGGUGGCCAUCCCUUCCUGGUGAGCAUUUUAUCUCGGAAUGCAGAACAUUCUGUGAGCAUCUGCUGCCUGAAGGGUGAUGCUGGCCCUGACGAGGCUUCUUCUCCCUCAGGAGAGGUGAAGAAGCAGAAGGUUGGAAAAUGGAUGUGGCUCCACAACUAUGAGACCCAAAAGCCGCUCUUCCAUGAGCGUGUGAAGCAGGUCUGGGUGGGCAAGAGCCCACUGAAUCGGAUGACGCGCUCCAGUGGCGGGCAUGGCGCCGACUUUGAUGGAAACUCAAUCCUGGUCGAAAAGAUGGAUGGCGACUACAUCUUUGUGGGUCAUGAGGUGCUUUCCUUCAAAGCUCCUGCCAAGCUCGUGGAACACGUCUCUCCCGUGGGGAACAGCUCGGUGCCAUAUCCCUAUGCCGUGGAUGCCGAUGGGCGACACUACCUGUUCAUUGAGAAGGUGGUACUUGAUCAGAUUCCCACAGAUGCAGAGCAUCCAGAUGAUCCAGAUCCGUAUACGCACUACUACGAGAUGAAGCUCGACCAAUGUGAUUUUCGACUCACUUGCGAUGGCCACAAAUUGAGUCCAUACCAUGCUGCCUCGGGCCGACUGCCGGCCGGCGCCCAGUGCCAGAAGGUCUCUGCCGAGGGCACGGAGGAGCUCUCGCCUGAGAGGGUCAUAGAGCUCGGGCGGCAGAUGAUGAAAGCCCACGGCCUCAGUUUCCUCGAAGGGCUGGAAGUCAUGGCAGACGAAGAGGCGAUGACCACGACCACCACGACCACCACCACGAGCAGCACGCUGUCGGCCAACCGCACCGACGCGCUGCGGAAGAAGGCCUUGGAGCUGCUGCAUGUGGCGGCGGCCGCCACAGCAGCGGAGGCCACCAAGGAAGCCGAAGCCGAGAAGGCCAAGAUCGACAAGGCCAAGGCUGCGGAAGAGGAUAAGAAGAAAACAUCCAAGAAAGAGGAUGAGUACAAGACGAUCUUUGAUGAUCAAGAAAAAAAGCACAAGAAGCUACAUCUUCAUUCACACCGGAGCUCAGCGCCCUCUGGGAACGUCUUCAUGGCCUUUCAGAAUAUGAUCAGCAGCACCUAUAAGGAUUCCUAUACCGCGCAGUGGAUCUUGGUGAGUUUGUACUUCUUGCUCGCGCUGCUGGCGGUGAGAUAUUCGAGCUGGCUUUUGAAGGCCUCGCGGCUGGACCAAUGGCUUGAUUGGUUGAUCCCCAGUCUCAAGGUCAAGGAUGCCUUGCCGGAUUCACUUCCACCCUGGUUGGAGUUAGAAGAGCUGCUGAUGAACGUGGGAGGCACAGUGGAAGAGCUGGUGAAGCCUGGACCUCUCUUCGUGGAUGACCGCGUGAGCACCUUCUCGGUGUGCAGCCCCGACAGCAGCGUCAGCGUGCUUGAGGCCACUGAUCACGCUCUCCUCCCCGACUCGCAGGACGCCACCUUGGCCCUGCCAACGCUCGUUCCCACGUCCCCGACCAACGCGGACUCCGCGGCGCAUCCCGCGGCGCGGGAUGCGCCGCCGACGGGGCCGCGCUUCGCCUUCGGCGUGGCGCGGUACAUCGCCUCGCUGCACGUGGUUUUGGGUCACCUGAAUGCCCGCGGACUGGCACCUUCCUCCGUGUAUCUCUGCUGCUGGGGCUACACCUGGGUGCCGUGGUUCUUCAUGCUGAGCGGCUUCAUCUUAUGCGCUGCGGAGAUGAACAAGCCGCGCCAGGAGGGGCCUGUGGAAUAUGUGGCCAGAAGACUGGUCACCAUAUAUCCUGUCUAUGCCUUUGGCCUCCUCCUCUCCGCCUGUUUAACCUCAGCAGGGCCUCCCUGCUGGGUUUUGGUACUGCAGGCCUGGCUUUUGCAGGCCUGGGUUCCGACCAUCACAGAGUGGGGCCUUCAGAUGCAGUGCUGGUUCUUGUCCUGCUUGGUCGUCUACUGGGCCAUGUUUCCCUUCCUUUUUGGGAUGGUCCAUCGAAUGACCAUGCCACAGGCGAUACUUGGAAUGGUGCUUGCCGUUUGCGUACCAAUCCUCUACUUGCUCAUCCCGGAUUUGUUCUAUGGAAACGCUUCCUGGUAUGAGUAUCAUAGUUGGGGCCUCAUGAGGAACUUUGAGGACUCCUUGGUGGUGAUGUUGAAGUUCCAUCCCAUGUGCUAUGUUCACGUCUUCCUCUUGGGCAUGCUGCUGGCUCGAUUUCGAAUCCUCCUGCAUGACAUUGCCGGCUUCAAGGAGCUGCCAGUGAUCAUGGACUUUCUGGCGCCCGUGGGUUACCUGGGGCUCCUCUUAGUCUUCAAUGUGCCAAUGGCUGCACCGCCCUAUGCGAAGCUUUCAGCGCGGAUCUUCGCGCUGCUGCCACUGCAGGCGGCAGUGGUGUUGGGCUUGGCGGGUGUGGAAGGCCUUCGGGAGCCCUUCUUGGCCAGGUUCUUCGCGCGACUGAACUUCUUGGAGACUUAUUCCUAUUGCGUCUACGUGAUGCAGUUCAUUUGCAUGAAGCUUUGGUUUGGCCAGGAGUAUGAUCUGUCCUUCUUCAUUUUCCUCAUUGCGAGUGCCACCUUUGUUCAAGUCUUUGUGCAAAAGCCUUCGGACAAGCUUUGGAGGCUCUCGCCCGGUCAGGCCUCUUGGCUGGUCCCUGCGGUGAUGUCGCUGCUGCUGAUCCUCCUCUCGUUGCGGUGGACGGGGGUUCCGGACCAUGUGCUACCGGAUAAAGUGGAGGGAGAUGGCUACAUGGAUAUCCGUUUGCCUUUGCGAUUGGAAGCACAGGACUGGUCGGCCACGGGCGGUGGAGCUUUCAUCAAUCCUUCGCUGACCUUGUUGGAGGAUGGGCGCCUCGUGGUGGCCGCGCGCCUCCACAGGCGGUCUUCUCACCUGAGCCAUUUUCAUGGUGGCUCCUUGCUGGAGGAGAUUUGGAUCUCGAAGAUCCUCCUCGGCAGCGUCGCCAUGAACAACAAGAGUUGGAAGUUGCUCAACCGUUCCGGGGAGAUGCCAGAGAUCUUGCUGAAACUUUGGGACGGUCUGCAAAUGGCGGAUGGCAAGCCAUGGAUCUAUCCCAACAUGUGCUACAGAGAGAAAUGGCUCCCACAGAAUCGGACCAUGAUGAGGUUCGUUGUGACAGGGCCAGAGGAUCCCAAGGUCUUCCCCUUGACGCGAAAGGGCUCUUGUGCUGAGUCCAUGGCAGGGUGUUGGGUGCUGCGAGCUUCCUCAGACUUCUGCCAUGUGAACCAGAGCUUCUGCGAAGCCAAGUGCAACUCUCGCUGGUGCUCUCCACAUGAGGUGCAGGUGGCUUUCAACUCUUAUACUCCCAAGGAGGGCAAGAGCUGCGACCAUCGCUCCGUGAGCCAAAUGUUCCUGGCGUCAGGCAUCGAUGUGGAACGUCCGGAGCUCGUCAGUCAGGGCCAGCACUUGAAAUGUGGACAAUUGGACCAUAGCGAAAAGAACUGGAUCCCCUUUGAGCGUGAGGGUCAGACCUACGUGGUCUAUAGCAUGAUCCCUCAUCUCGUCCGAGAGCUCAAGGGCACCGGCAGCUGCGGGCAGCAAUGGCGCAGCAUCUUCCCAAAGCUGGAGGAGAUGCAGUCGCAUUUGCUGGACGCUGCCAUUCGGGGCUCUGCCUCAGCGAUCUACCUGGACGCGCCCAAUGCGACAGCACGACUCCCUGAGCCUCACUACCUGGCGCUCUUCCAUGCAGCGGAUCUCAAGGUGCGCCGCUACGUGCAUUACGCCUACCGCUUUGCGCCCAAGCCGCCCUUUCAGAUCCUGCAGGUCUCAAAGCCUCUACCCUUGCAGAUGCUUCCACCGAUGCCCGGGGCGCCGCCCUUCGCGUUUGCCUCGGGCAUCUUGCUGCGUGAGGAGCAGGUGAUUCUCACCUACGCAGCUGGGGAUCGGGAAUCAAGAGCCCUCUUGAUGUCCUUGAAGCAGUUGGACAAAUACUUCGAGUACGAUCCAGCGUGCAAGGUGAAGAAUACCUUCUUGGAGUUUGCGCCGGUGGAGGACGAAGCCGCGCUCCGGAAGAGGCGCAGUCGCAGUGAUGGGCCCUUAGUGGUGGCCUCCAAAUCCCCGAACGCCUCCCCGCUGUUACAAGCGGUCGAUGAGACUCGCCAGGCAGUGCCCAUCGAUGAGGUGGACUUCGAGAUGUUGGAGGAGCCUGCCCACCAGGUGGAUGGCGACUCCCCGACGCAUGUUCCCAAGACAAGGAAGAGGACCUCCUCCAACGGCGAGUCCGUGGCGCAAGUGGCAGCCAAUAUGGGCAAUGAGCCGGCGUAUGUGGUGCCCACGACGCCCUCGCCGUUUCUCCAUUCCUCGUUUCCACCGCAGGUGUCCAGUGACUUCAACGGCUACAACUACAUGCCAGAGAUGGGCCUGCCGCCUGCCUGUGACGAGGAGGAGAACGGUGAGAUUGACUACAGUGAAGUGGCCAUGAACGGCGGCUACAUGCAGGGCAUGGCGUUCAUGAGCCCGGAGAUGUGCCAAGAGAACUACAUGCAGGGCAUGUUUAUGCCCUUCUGGGGGCAGAUGGGCAUGGACGGGCAAAUGGCGAUGGAUGGGCAAACCAUCAUGAGCGCCGAGUUUCAACAGGAGCUGCAGCGUGCGGCUGAGAUGCAAGCCGCUGAGAUGCAGGCCUUUGGUGGAGAUGCCCAAGAAGCAGAGCUUGAACAGGACUAUGUUGAGCAGGUCCAGGAGUACUUGGCACCCAUUGAAGAGCUUCGAAAGGAGGAGGAAGCGGAGAAGCCGAAGGGAGCCCGUGCUGCUUCCAAGGAGGUGCACAGCAACGGCAAAAGCACCGAGCACGAGCAGCACGAGCGCUCCGAGGCCCAAACCAAUGGCGAGAAACAGAAGAACUGGGAACGGGAUGACUCCAAGUGGAAAGAUUGGAAUUCCUGGGACUGGCGAGACAGCUCUUGGCAGGAUGGCAAGCACGACUGGAACGAGUCCCGUGACUGGCGAGAUCGUUGGGACGAGUCGCGAAAGGACGAGAAAAGAAAAGGCAAAGAAGGCAAAGGCAAAAGCAAGGCAGAGGAGAAAGGAGAGAAAGGAGCUGGAAAAGAUGUAGACAAGGCUUCCAAAGAGAAGGUUGAAAGCAGCAAGGCCGGCGCAGGUGACUCCUCCAAGGAGAGGAAGGUGCCUGCGAUCCCCUACGAGCGUCCAGAGGGCAACGAGCCGUAUACCACGGUGAUGCUCCGGAACAUCCCCAACAAGUACACAAGAGAGAUGCUCAUCAAGCAGCUGAGCAUCGAGUUUCACGGGGAGUUUGAUUUCAUGUAUCUUCCCAUCGACUUCAAGAACAAGUGCAAUGUCGGGUACGGCUUCAUCAAUUUCCGCACGCAGGAUUCGUGCGAGAGGUUCAUCGGACUGUUCCAUGGUGUGGACGUCCGGAAGUGUUUGCCCGGGCUGAAUUCCAAGAAGAUCGUCGAGGUGACGCCUGCACGUGUGCAGGGCCUCACCGAGAAUGUUCGGCGGCUAAAGAAUUCGCCCGUGAUGAAUCAGCUGGUUGAUCAUCCGGAGUGGAUGCCUUUGCUCUUCGAUGAGGAUGGUGUCGACCAACCCUUUCCAAUGCCGGACCAGCCACUGCCACCGGUGAAGCCUCGGGGGCGCAACCGCGAGGGCCAUCGCGGCAGUACGGGUAGCAGAGAAGGAGAUGCCUCCUGGACUUGA